GCAAUGUCUGGGACAGUCACAGCUGGGUGGGGGUACCACCGGAAUCUAGUGUGCAGAGGCCGGGAUGUGUGGGGGUCCUGCCCAGAUGCUGCAGGUGAGAGAUACAGAUUUAGACCCCGUGACGACGAAGGAAAGGACGGGAAAGGUGGCUCUCAAGGCCCCAGGGAACAGCCCAGAGAUGCGUGGGGUUCCAGAAGCUAGAAAGGCGUGGCGCGGUCGCUCCUGCAGGAACAAGUGUCUGUGGUGGCUGGAGAUGUGGGAACUGGUCACGUCUUCACACACUUGACCAGAACCCUCCCAGCUGUCCCUCCCCCGCAAACAAGCCAGCAAGGCGACACGGUGGCUGCUGCUGGCGAGAGGCAAGUGUACUCGACUGCCUUUCUCCACUCUUGAGGACAGCACCCAGAGUGGCCCCGUCUCUGUCCCACCAGCCCAGGCCUAAAGCUUCCUCAUCGUCCGCAUCCCAGCCUGGGACUCAGGCAGCCUUCUGCCAGCUGUGCUGUGUGCAGGGGCUGCAGCCACUGACCCCUCUCCCUUCUGUGCUGCUCUGCUCUACCCCACAGCCCCAGGGACACCUUCAGUGUGUGUCAGCUCUCCUGCCUCCCUCCCUACAGACGCCUGUGCCCCCCAGUGCCCUGAGAAUGACGUCCAAGCCCCCAGUGGAGAUGUCAAGGCUGUUCGGUCUGUCCCUCCCCAUCCUGUUCUGUCCUCCCCAUGCUCACCACACUCCCCUGCCUGGUCUUCCAAACUUGAACCCCAGGCGACUCCUUCAAGCAUCAGACCUCUGCCCCUGCACCCCUCCCACCUCUCUGUGAUGGGCUGGCCCCUCCCUUCUGCUGCCUCCCCUCCCUCCUUCCUGCUCCCACCCCUCUCUCUCCCUGGUGCUGCCCCUUAGAGAAGCCUCUUGGACCUUUAGCCUGGUCACUCCUCUGAGCCCCUCGUCUCCAGGUGUGGUCUAAGAAGUGCUUUCAGCCUCUCUACUCCAGUGGCUCGGGGGCUCUGACCAGCCCUCCUGCCCAGGAAGCUUUGAGCUUUCCCACAGGGACCCCUAGAGACAAGGGCACUGCUGUCCAGAUGGCACCCUCACCCCAACCCCAGCAGCACUGGCUGGAGCAGGCCAGGCCUGUGUGGGUAUCUGAACAGGCACUGAAUUCCGUGAUCUCAACAAAAGAAGCCCAUGGAGGUCUUUUCUAAUCCGCAGCCCAAGACAACAGGCCUGGGGGGCUGUGGGCCGACUCCCACGCCUUAGGACCAGGGGCUCUGGGGCUGUUGGGGCUGGAACCCCGAAUCCCGAACCCCGCCUCCCAACAUAAUGAACACCAGCUCAUUGUUCACAGUGAAUACCCAGCAAAACCCUGCUCAGGCAAGGAGCCCGCCCCCCGCACCUGCUGCUCCAACAGACCAGGCUGGCUGCUGGCUCCCAGCUCAUUAAAUCAGCAACCCUUGCACUCCCUCCAAAGCCCUGGUGGGGGAAGGGGAUUCUUCCACUCUGAUUACACCCGUUGCCUUCUUCCUUCACUCCUGUGAGCUGGCCAGGCUGAGGACCGGUCCAAGGGGCCUGGGAAGUAAGACACUCCACGGCUUCUCAAAGGUCAGCCGACACGGACGGUAGCUUCGGUCCCAGGUGUGACACCUUCAGCAGGUCUCAGGGAAGAUGGCAGCCCUAGGGGACGUUCAGAAGUCCCCUUCUGUCCCCUCCCCUGUCAGUCUCUCAUCACCGGGGACACCUGGAGCCCAGCACCACGAGCCUCAGCUUCACCUCCAUGGGCAUCAACAUGGCUCCCCGAGCUCCAGCCCUGAGGUGUUGUCCCGGCCGUCUGAGCUGGAUCUCCAGGACAUAGAGGAGGUGGAGAUCGGCAGAAACACCUUCUGGCCCGACUCCGAGCCCGAGCCGGAGCAGGCUCCACGCUCUCCCGGCUCUCAGGCCCCUGACGAGGGGGCGGGCGGGGCGCUGCGCAGCCUCCUGAGGAGCCUUCCCCGCAGGGCCCGGUGCGGCGCUGGCUUCGGGCCCGAGUCCAGCGCGGAGCGGCCGGCGGGCCAGCCGCCUGGGGCCGUCCCCUGCGCCCAGCCGCGGGGCGCUUGGCGCGUGACGCUCGUGCCGCAAGCAGCGGCCGGGCCCGAGGGCGCGCCCGAGCGAGCCGCCGAGCUGGGAGUCAACUUCGGUCGGAGCCGGCAGGGCAGCGCGCGGGGGGCCAAGCCGCACAGGUGCGAGUCCUGCGGCAAGAGCUUCAAGUACAACUCGCUGCUGCUGAAGCACCAGCGCAUCCACACGGGCGAGAAGCCCUACGCCUGCCACGAGUGCGGCAAGCGCUUCCGCGGCUGGUCAGGCUUCAUCCAGCACCACCGCAUCCACACGGGCGAGAAGCCCUACGAGUGCGGCCAGUGCGGCCGCGCCUUCAGCCACAGCUCGCACUUCACGCAGCACCUGCGCAUCCACAACGGCGAGAAGCCCUACAAGUGCGGCGAGUGCGGCCAGGCCUUCAGCCAGAGCUCCAACCUGGUGCGCCACCAGCGGCUGCACACGGGCGAGAAGCCCUACGCCUGCAGCCAGUGCGGCAAGGCCUUUAUCUGGAGCUCCGUGCUCAUCGAGCACCAGCGCAUCCACACUGGCGAGAAGCCCUACGAGUGCGCCGACUGCGGCAAGGCCUUCCGCGGCCGCUCGCACUUCUUUCGGCACCUGCGGACCCACACGGGUGAGAAGCCCUUCGCGUGCGGCGCCUGCGGCAAGGCCUUCGGCCAGAGCUCCCAGCUCAUCCAGCACCAGCGGGUGCACUACCGCGAGUAGCCCGGCGGGGGCUCGGGGCGAGGCCUCCUGCCUGCCCCCACGGUGAGCAUUGCCCAGCACCGCAUGCCAUGUGUCCGGAAUAAAUUCUUUUUGAUUGUUGGAAGUGGGAGCCGGCACCUGCCUGGGUGAGGCCUUGGGGCAGCUUCCCAUCCCCGAGGACCCGCUGCAGGAUGGGGUUGACGGGGCUGCUUCACCAAGACCUGCCACGCAGGGCCACGGGGUCCCUGGAGCCUGGCGGGCGGCCCGAGUGUCCUAGGGGAGGAUCUGAGGCCUGGAGGUGUCCUGACUUGCCCAGAGCCCGGAAGUAGUCAGGCUUUUCUGACGCUGAUACCCCACCAUCAACGCGGGGGGCGCGCCCAGAGCAGGAGGUGAGGACAGGGCCGCUCUAGAAGUGCCCACAGGCCUGGCCAGGCUGCCUGCCACCUGGGCGAGGGGUGUCCAGGAAUUCGGUUCGCUUAUGUAUUUGGGAAGCCUCUGCUUCUGUCCAGUGCCGCAGACUCUUCCCCACGUGCCCUCUCAGCUCUGCUGCCUCCAUUCAGCGGGGAGCCUGCUGGGCAGCAGUGGCCCGGGCCUCCUCUGCAUCAGCCCCUUGCCCUGGGAUGUGGGGGCCCAGGGUGUUCAGGUCUUGACAGGUGUGGGCUGGUACAGCUGGGCCUGCCAGGCCCUUUUCAGAGCUGCCGGGACACUGCUUCUGGGCAGGGGAGUCUGGGCCACGAAGUUCUGAGAGAGCUCAGCUGGGGGUGGCCUCAAGUGCUGAGUGCCAGUGAUUCUGCCAGCGCCUUCUCCCUGCCCUGUCUGUGCCCUCUGGUACAGCUGGCAGACCCCGGAGUCCAGCCUGGCUCCUCCGAGGCUGCCCCUCUCCAGGUCUCACCUCCCCUCCUGCUGUGACUCGUCCAGAACCCCGGGUCUGGUCCCCAGAUGUGUCUGUGGCGGGCCUGUGAGGUCACUGUCCUGUCGAAGACGAAGGCUACCGUGCCCGCUUUUUGGCGGUGCCUGCGGAGGCCUGCGCAGUGCGCAUCUGAUGUCAGCCCCAGCAAGCCAUUUUUCCGGAGAAGAACCCGGAGGCUCCGAGGUGACCCGUGGCUUGCUCGAGGUCACACGAUCAGUGACGGCACCAGAUGAAUCCGAGCUCCCUGACCAGCCAUCCACCCAGACCCCUGCUGAGACAGCGGGACCUCGUCGGAAGCCCGGGGAACGCGGCUGCCCGGACUGGGAGCCCGCAGCACAGGGCCCUGUGCCACCCCUUGGGGAAGGCGGCCCCAGGCUCCGCCAGCCCCCGCCUCCCUCUCCAGGCCAUGCCCUGGGGGCCCUGUGGACGCCCCACUCCGCCGGGUGAGAACGAGUUUAGGGGUGCGGGCUGGAGGUCAGUGUGUCUGUCCGAAGUCAGCUGGGAGGCAGGCGCCUACUUGAGGCGUCCGUGCUGGUGUGCGGUGGCCCUUGGGUUCAGACUGUCGGCCUGAAAGGUAAGGGUGAGAACGCCUGCAUUCUGCUUGUUCAGUAACACGCGUGGGCAGCCAGGCCGAGGGGCUGGCUCUGCAGGGACCGCCCCGCGCGUCCCUGACUCCCCCGCUGGACUCCCGCUCGCUGCGACCGGAGAGAGCCCGGCGGUCCUCCACGCCGUCCUAGACAGUCCCGGAAGUGGCCGCGGCGCCGGGAGGGGCGGGGAGGGGCGGGGCCAGGUGCACUCUCCGCAGCCCGCACGAGACUCGAGCAGCGCCAGCUCACGGGAGGCUUCCCAGGGGAAGGGAGUGCGGCGCGGGGAGUCCGGCAGGGCUGCUCCUCCGCGCCGGGUCGUAAACCCUCUGCAAGCUCUCUGCGUACCCCCUCGUUGGGCAGGGCCCGCGAGAUGGGCUGAAAUGGCAUUUGCGUCUUUCCCAGUGUCCUCAGCUCCUUCUCCAAGCCCGCGGGCACGGGGCUGAUUCUCGAACGUGCCAUCUGAUCCACUCGACAUUUCCCGGGAACCCCAGAGCGGCCCGGCAGGACUUUUAAGGGCAUUUUUCUACCUUGGGGUGGCUGCCGGGUAUAUCAGCGUGUAGUUGAACAGGACAUAAUAUUCCUGAGCCCUCCUGGGACGCCUGCGACCCUGAGCUGUGCUCGGCCUCUUGGUCACAGCCCUCCCCAUCCUCCUUCGAUUUGCAUCACUCGAGCCGCUUGUCCGGGCGGCCGCCCCCGGGGCUGGUUCGGAGCCCUGUCCCACCCCUACCAGCUCUGCCCCCGAGAGGAACCUGGACGCAGACCACCGGGAGCAUCUCCAGCUCAACGGCCAAUCUCCAACCCACACCACCUCCAAACCCACACCACCACUCCUCUCCCUCCUCCGACCCAGGACCUCGAUUCUCAGCCUUCGCCCUCUCCCUCCUCCCGGAAGUGACCGGGGAUCUUCCUAAAGACCCGAUGGUAUCCGGGAGCCCAGGUUUGGGAUCCGCCAGCCCUGAUUCCAUACCCCACACUUAUCCUUCCUCACGGAGCUCGUUUCUGCCUCUGACGAUGGAGGAAGCGCAGCCGGGUCGGCACCGCACAUGGUGGUUGGAAGGACGGCAUGGGUGGGGUUCUCUGCACAGUGCCAGGCACGCAGCAAAUCCCCAUAAAAAGAGCUCCUGGAAGGGCUCUGUCGACAGUGUGAGUGGAUAGUCUUAGCAGAGGACCACCUGAGGCCUGGGUUGGUCACAGCAAAUGUGAGGGACCAGGAAAAGGGGUGCAUGUGAGUUUUGGAACCCAGGAAAUGAUCAUCUGUAUCUGGCACAGUAUCUGUUUUUGAGCCCAGAAGGAACUAAAGGCCCUGGAGAGGCUCUGAACCCUAAAGCACUGGACUCGCAGGAAGAGGUCUUCUGAGGCAGCUUCCUGCGGCCCCAGACAAGCGGAGAGCCAAGUGCUGACCUAAUCGUGGCCUUGGGGGCAGGUGUGCAUGCCCAUGGAUUAGCAAAUAAAGGACCAAAAUGAGCUUAA